CCGCCGGGCCCCGCUGCCUCACCGGGCGGCGCCGCAGGAGGGAAGCGGAGCUGGACAGCGGCCUCCCGCCCCGCCCCGCCCCGCCCCGCCUCACCGCGGCCGCCGCCCCUCCACGGCCACGUUGGGGCCCGGCGCCACCCGGGGGCAAUAUUCCGACGGCGCUUUCUUAAUUGUUUUUUUUUUUUUUUUAUAAAUAACACGAGUGUUGGUUUGGGUUUGGGUUUUGUUUUGGUUAUUUUCGUCUGUUAAACAGCAGCCCGCUGUCCGGCGGUGGCGCGGAGCUCAGCGUAGCGGUGCGGUGCGGUGCGGGAGGGUACCGCGGGGCCGCCCCAGGUGGCGGCGUGCUCCCCUCUCCACAACAUGGCGGGCGCAGAGCCCUUCGCGGCGGUGCUGGCCGCCCUGCGCGGGUGCUACGCCGAGACCGCCCCGCUGGAGACCUUCAUCCGGCGGCUGCGGGAGAGCGGUGCUGGGGAGGCCGAGGUGCUGCGGGGCGAUGACGCCCCCUGCUACCGGACCUUCGUGGGCCAGUGCCUGGUGUGCGUCCCCCGCGGGGCCCGCGCCAUCCCCCGGCCCUUCACCUUCCAGCAGUUAUCCAGCCAGAGUGAAGUCCUCAUGAGAGUUGUUCAGAGACUGUGCAAAAAAAGAAAGAAGAAUGUCCUCGCAUAUGGAUACUCCUUACUGGAUGAAAACAGCUCUCAUUUCCAAAUCAUGCCGUCUUCAAAUAUAUACAGCUACCUACCCAAUACUGCAACAGAAACCAUUCGUAUCAGCGGCCUCUGGGAAACACUGCUGAGCAGGAUAGGGGAUGAUGUGAUGAUGUAUUUAUUGGAACACUGUGCAAUCUUUAUGCUGGUUCCCCCUAGUAAUUGUUACCAAGUUUGUGGGCAGCCAGUGUAUGAACUUAUUUCGCAUAAUGUAGACUCAUCCCCGGUAUUUGUUAAACAAAGGUUUUCAAAGCAUAGACGUAGUAGCUUGCUUGACUAUAUGCAAAAAAGGCUUAUGUUUCAUAGACAGUAUCUUUCAAAAGCACGUUGGUGGAAAUGCAGGCAAGGACUUGAAGCAAAUGUCUCCAGCAUGGCAAAUAAAAAUAACAAGACACAAAGCUUAAUGUCCAGUUCCCAGUAUUCUGCAAAAGCUGUUUCUAAAGCAAGCAAAGAGAUCAGAGUGGUAACUGAACAUCUGGAAAAACAGAGUAGCUCCAGUUUAUAUUUGUCAGCUACGGCACCAUCUUUAAAAAGGAAGUUUGAUAGGGAACAACUUGAGAUUCCAGCCAAGAGAGCAAAAGUAGAGGAGAAAGAGAGAGAGGAAAAGGCUUGUAAUAUCACUCCUGAUGUAAACCAAAGUAGUUCCAAGAGAUACAGAACUGGGUAUGUAGCAUCACAUUCUGUAAGUCUCAUUAAAGAAAAGCGCGUUUCUCAAAGAAGUAACAGUGAUAUGUCUGGUCCUUCUUUAGUUCACGCGUCUCAUGACAGCAAGAAGUUCGUGGCAGGUGAAAGCUCUUCUCUGCGAGGAGUUCAGAGUGACAAACCUUUAAAGUCCAGCAUUGAAAUGCAAGCAGAAUCCUAUAGGAAAGGAGUAGAAAUGCAUAUGUGUAAAUCUCAGUUGGAUUCUGUACAAAUCAAACCCAUGGAGGGUAUUUCUUCAGAAUGCAGAAAGCGGGAAAGUCCCCUAGCUCAUUUGGCAAAGAAGUUACCAAACACGCUCUUGCGUUCUGCAGUGUACAUUGACAGGAAGUUUCUUCUGUAUUCCCGCAGGAGUUUCCAGGAAUGUUUUCCUAAAUCCUUUUUAUUGAAUCGCUUGCAGGGCUGUCAGGCAGGUGGAAGACGGCUUAUAGAAACUAUAUUCUUAAGCCAAAAUCUGUUGCAGCAAAAACACAGCCAAAGUCUGCCACAUCACAUCUGGAGAAAGAAGAGGUUGCCCAAACGCUACUGGCAAAUGAGACCCACAUUUCAGAAACUGUUAAAGAACCAUGGAAAGUGCCCUUACUUAGUUCUCUUGAAAAAAAAUUGCCCUGUCUGGAUAUCUGAAACCAGUGUGAGAAAAACUGAGCUGCCUUGUCAGGCAGCCUUGCCUGGGGAAGCAGAGGUUCACAAGCAAGCAGAACAGUUUGGGAAAGAGCCUGCUAAGUGUGUGACGAGCAGCAGAUGUAAAUCUGGUCAUGCUGAUGGUCCAGACAACUCAGGCACUCCUCUCGCAAAAUCUGUGCACGGGGAGUCACAGAGUGAGGAGCAAAACCCAGGAGAGGUGUGUGAUUCAGCCCUCGGGGAGCUCCUCAAGCAGCACAGCAGCCACUGGCAGGUGUACAUCUUUGUGAGGGAGUGCCUGGAGCGGGUCAUCCCUGCUGAGCUUUGGGGUUCAAACCAUAACAAGUGUCGGUUCUUAAAAAAUGUGAAAGCGUUCAUUUCCAUGGGGAAGUUUGGUAAGCUUUCAUUGCAGGAGUUGAUGUGGAAGAUGAGAGUGAAUGACUGCCUGUGGCUUCGUCUAGUCAAAGGUGAUCACUUUGUUCCUGCCUAUGAACAUUGUUUCCGUGAAGACCUUUUGGCUAAAUUCCUAUACUGGCUGAUGGAUACCUAUGUUGUUGAGUUGCUCAGAUCAUUUUUCUAUAUCACCGAGACCAUGUUCCAGAAAAACAUGCUUUUCUACUACCGAAAAUUUAUUUGGGGCAAGUUACAGAACAUUGGAAUUAGAAACCAUUUUGCCAAAGUACAUCUACGUGCUUUAUCUUCAGAGGAGAUCAAAGCUGUCCAUCAAAAAAAAAAUGUUCCUAUGGCAUUAAAGCUCCGGUUCAUUCCCAAAGCGAAUGGGUUAAGACCCAUAGUAAAAGUGAGCGGUGUUGUUGAAGCACAAGCAUUCAGCAGGGAAAGCAGAGAAAAGAAGGCUUGCCAACUGUGUCUGGUUGUGGUGGGCGUUGGCCAUCUGUGGGAGCAGAAGGACAGAAAUCUGAAAAAUACUCAGUAUUUUGAACUAAUGCAUCACUACAACACUCGACUGAAAAAUCUAUUUAGUGUGUUAAAUUAUGAACGGACUAUAAACACCAGUUUUAUCGGCUCUUCAGUGUUUGGGAAAGAUGAUAUCUACAAGACAUGGAAGAAGUUUGUUACAAAGGUUCUUGAAUCAGAUGGUGAAAUUCCUCAUUUCUACUGUGUAAAGGCUGAUGUGUCCAGGGCUUAUGAUACCAUUCCUCACAAUAAGCUUGUGGAAGUGAUUUCACGGAUAUUAAACCCUGAGAAAAGAACUGUCUACUGCAUACGGCGCUAUGCUGUGAUUAUGAUUACCACAAGUGGAAAAGCCCGGAGGUUAUAUAGGAGACAUGUUUCUACUUUCAAGGAUUUUAUGCCAGAUAUGAAGCAGUUUGUGUCCCAGCUUCAGGAGAACGCCUCGUUGCAAAAUGCAAUAAUAGUUGAACAGAGCUUAACUUUCAAUGAGACAAGUUCCACCCUGUUUACUUUUUUUCUUCAAAUGAUACAUAACAACAUCCUGGAGAUUGGGAGCAGGUACUACUUACAGUGUUGUGGAAUUCCACAGGGCUCCAUUUUGUCAACCUUACUUUGCAGCUUAUGCUAUGGGGACAUGGAAAACAAAUUGCUCUGUGGAGUACAGCAGGAUGGAGUCCUAAUACGUCUCAUUGAUGACUUUUUGCUGGUUACGCCACAUUUAAUGCAGGCAAGAACUUUUCUAAGGACUCUAGCAACAGGUAUUCCUGAGUAUGGCUUUUUAAUAAACCCCAAUAAGACAGUCGUGAAUUUUCCUGUUGAUGAUAUCCCAGGAUGUUCCAAAUUUAAACAGCUGCCAGAUUGUCGUUUGAUCCCGUGGUGUGGUUUGUUAUUAGAUGUACAGACACUUGAGGUUUACUGCGAUUACUCCAGUUAUACCCGUACUUCUAUCAGAUCAAGUCUUUCCUUCAAUUCAAGUAGAACAGCUGGGAAAAACAUGAGAUACAAAUUGAUUACAGUCCUCAAACUGAAAUGCCACUGUUUAUUUCUUGAUUUACAGAUCAAUAGUCUUAGAACAGUUUUCAUUAACAUCUACAAGAUAUUUUUACUUCAGGCUUACAGGUUCCACGCCUGUGUUCUGCAACUUCCCUUCAACCAGAAAGUUAGAAACAAUCCUUAUUUCUUCCUAAGGAUCAUCUCUGAAACGGCAUCAUGCUGCUAUGGUAUCCUGAAAGCAAAAAAUGCAGGGGUUGCUUUAGGUAACAAAGGUGCAUCUGGCGUGUUCCCUUCUGAGGCAGCAGAAUGGCUCUGCUAUCAUGCCUUCACUGUCAAACUGUCAAACCACAAAGUUGUUUACAAAUGCCUGCUUAAGCCCCUAAAAAUCUGUAAGAUGCAGCUAUUCAGGAAGAUCCCAAAGGAUACUAUGGCGCUACUGAAGGCAGUGACAGAACCAUCUCUUUGUCAAGAUUUCAAAGCUAUCCUGGACUAACUGACUGAGGUUUAUUGCAUAAUUUUUCCAGGUUUUAAAAUAAAUGCUGUGUCUUUAGAUGACUUUCUCUGUAGUUUAUUUUGGUAGAGUGGACUGAAAGCAACUUCACUCAGAUACCACACAAGGACCUAAAAAAAGCAAUUUUGUUAAUAGCUUCUUGUUUGUAGUUGCCUGUAAGUUCACAGGCUAUUUGAAGUAAUUGACUUGGUUUCCUUCAGUAAGUCAUGUCGUCUUGAUGAAGACAUCAUUGUACUAUGUUCUGUACAAACAGAUCUACUUUCUUGUUUCAGCGUGUUGUUUCUUCAACAUGUUCUUUGCUUCUCU